AUGCAGCGCGCCUCACAACUUUUCAAUAAAAUUCCUUUUACAAAUUUGUCACCUUCUUUAUCUAUAGUAUCUAGGAAUUCUUCUAAAAGGCCAUUCUUAUCGCGAUUUUAUGCCACUCAUAAAGAACUUAAAUUUGGAGUCGAAGGUCGUGCCUCAUUAUUAAAAGGUGUUGAUAUUCUAUCUAAAGCAGUAGCGGUUACACUUGGCCCCAAGGGACGCAGUGUGUUAAUCGAACAACCAUAUGGUAGCCCUAAGAUCACAAAGGACGGUGUUACUGUUGCUAAAAGUAUAACACUUCAAGACAAAUUUGAAAACCUUGGUGCGAGGUUAGUUCAGGAUGUUGCUAACAAAACAAAUGAAGUAGCAGGUGAUGGAACCACAACUGCUACAGUUCUUACGCGAGCCAUUUUUGUGGAAGGUGUAAAAAAUGUUGCCGCCGGCUGUAAUCCAAUGGAUUUACGUCGUGGAGUUCAAUUGGCAGUUGAUUCUAUUGUCAAAUUUCUUCGAGAACAUAGUCGUGUUAUUACCACAAGCGAAGAGAUAGCUCAGGUUGCCACAAUCUCUGCAAAUGGUGAUACGCAUGUCGGUCAAUUAAUAGCCAACGCUAUGGAAAAAGUAGGAAAGGAAGGCGUUAUCACGGUAAAAGAAGGAAAGACAAUUGAGGAUGAGUUGGAAAUAACCGAAGGAAUGCGUUUCGAUCGAGGAUACAUAUCACCGUAUUUUAUCACUGAUGCCAAAACUCAAAAGGUUGAAUUUGAAAAGCCUUUAAUUCUACUCUCUGAGAAAAAAAUUUCGGUCUUACAAGAUAUUCUACCAGCAUUGGAAGCUGCAGCACAGCAACGUAGACCACUUUUAGUUAUUUCUGAAGACAUUGAUGGAGAAGCUUUAGCUGCUUGCAUCUUGAAUAGAUUACGUGGCAACGUUCAAAUUGCCGCCGUCAAAGCUCCCGGUUUUGGUGAUAACAGGAAGUCUAUCUUGGGUGAUUUGGCAAUAUUAACAGGUGGAACAGUUUUCUCGGAUGAGCUAGACAUCAAACUCGAACGUGCUACUCCUGAUCUUUUCGGUUCAACUGGUUCUGUUACCAUCACCAAGGAGGAUACAAUUCUUCUUAACGGUGAAGGUUCCAAAGAUAUGAUUAAUCAACGUUGUGAACAAAUCCGCGCUGCUAUUAAUGAUUCAACCGUUUCCGAUUAUGAGAAAGAAAAAUUACAAGAACGACUUGCUAAGUUAUCAGGUGGUGUGGCCGUUAUUAAAGUAGGUGGAUCCUCAGAAGUUGAGGUUGGCGAAAAGAAGGAUCGGUUUGUUGACGCCUUAAAUGCGACGCGUGCAGCCGUCGAAGAAGGCAUUGUGCCAGGUGGUGGUGUUGCUCUCUUGAAAUCUGUAAAAUGUCUUAAUGAAUUGAAACCUGUCAACUUUGAUCAACAACUGGGUAUAAACAUAAUUAGAUCAGCACUUCAAAGACCGGCAAAAACGAUUGUAGAUAAUGCAGGUGAAGAAGGUGCCGUUAUUGUUGGGAAACUUUUAGAUAAUCAUGGAGAUGAUUUUAAUUAUGGUUAUGAUGCCGCCACUGGUGAAUACGGCGAUCUUAUUACGCGUGGUAUUGUGGAUCCAUUGAAGGUUGUAAGGACAGCACUUGUUGAUUCUUCGGGUGUUGCUAGUCUGCUAACGACAACGGAAUGCAUGAUUACCGAAGCUCCAGAUGAAAAUAAGGGAGGAGCUGCAGCUGCAGUAUUUUGA